GGAGGAGAAGGAAGAAUGAGGACUGACAGCCUCCUCGAUCAGCUCUUGGGGAAGAGGCAGGAGCCAGGAGUGCUGUCAGAGCUCAGGGGUUUGUGUUCUCCUGAUCUGGAGCGAGUCAGAGCCCAACAUGAGGGUCUGGAGCAGCAAGACCUGUUCUCAGUGACCACACCAGCUGUAGGACCUGCUGUGGGUGGCAGGAGGUUUGCAGAGCACUUGUGGAGGGAGGUUGAGACUUCCCAAGCAAAAGGAGCAGCAUGUUUGCAAAGACAGGCACUCCAUCGUUGGAGCCUCCGGUACAACAUUCCCGCCAGCAGCAUUCCCGCUGUGCGGACAUACAGCACCCAGACGGCGGAGAACAAAGAGGAGGAGCCCCUGCACACCAUCAUCAGCAACACGGAGAACGUGAAAGGUGCAGCUUCUAAACAUGAGUUUCAGGCUGAAACAAAGAAACUGCUGGACAUUGUUGCCCGUUCCCUGUACUCGGAGAAGGAGGUGUUUAUCCGGGAGCUGAUCUCCAAUGGCAGCGACGCGCUGGAGAAGCUGCGCCAUCGGCUGAUGACAGAGGGGAAGGCCUUGCCAGAGAUGGAGAUCCAUCUGCAGACAGACAGUGGAAAGGGAACCAUCACUAUCCAGGACACAGGUAUUGGGAUGACCCAGGAGGAGCUGGUUUCUAAUCUCGGAACCAUUGCUCGAUCAGGCUCAAAGGCUUUUCUAGAUGCUCUGCAGAGCCAGGCUGAAGCCAGCAGUAAAAUCAUCGGCCAGUUUGGAGUGGGUUUCUACUCAGCCUUCAUGGUGGCUGAUAAAGUGGAGGUGUUCUCCCAGUCUGCAGAGCCAGGCAGCCUGGGCUACCACUGGUCUUCCGAUGGUUCAGGAAUGUUUGAGAUCGCAGAAGCAUCUGGGGUCAGGACUGGGACUAAGAUUAUUAUCCAUCUCAAAGAAGACUGCAAGGAGUUUGCAAGUGAAGACCGAGUGAAGGAGGUGGUGACGAAAUACAGCAACUUCAUCAGCUUCCCCCUGUACCUCAAUGGGAAAAGAAUUAACACGUUGCAGGCUCUCUGGAUGCUGGACCCCAAGGACAUUGGAGAGUGGCAGCACGAGGAGUUCUACCGCUUCAUAGCGCAGGCGUACGACAAGCCCCGCUACGUCCUGCACUACAGGGCCGACGCUCCCCUCAACAUCCGCAGCAUCUUCUACGUGCCCGAGCAAAAACCAUCCAUGUUUGACAUCAGCAGGGAAAUGGGCUCCAGUGUUGCCCUCUACAGCCGCAAAAUCCUCAUCCAAACCAAAGCUGCAGACAUCCUGCCUAAGUGGCUGCGUUUUCUUAGAGGUGUUGUGGACAGUGAGGAUAUACCUCUGAACCUCAGCAGGGAGCUCCUGCAGGAGAGUGCCCUUAUCAGGAAGCUCCGUGAUGUUUUGCAGAAGAGGGUGAUCAAGUUCUUCAUUGACCAGAGCAAGAAGGACCCUGAGAAAUAUGCCAAAUUCUUUGAGGAGUACGGGGUAUUCAUGAGAGAAGGGAUUGUCACAAUAGCAGAGCAGGAUGUCAAGGAGGACAUAGCCAAGCUGCUGCGUUACGAGUCGUCGGCGCUGCCCGCGGGGCAGCUGACCAGCCUGGCCGACUACGCCUCGCGCAUGAAGGCCGGGAGCAGGAACAUCUACUACCUGUGUGCCCCCAACCGCCACCUGGCCGAGCACUCCCCCUACUUCGAGGCCAUGAAGAAGAAGGACAUGGAGGUGCUGUUCUGCUAUGAGCAGUUUGAUGAGCUGACACUGUUGCACCUCCGUGAGUUUGACAAGAAGAAGCUGAUCUCUGUGGAGACAGACAUUGUUGUUGAUCACUAUAAGGAAGAGAAGUUUGAGGAGAGCCGCCCAGCUGGAGAACGUCUGACAGAGAAGGAGGCUGAGGAUCUGAUGGCCUGGAUGAGGAAUGCCUUGGGCUCUCGAGUCACUGGAGUUAAGGUGACGCCCCGGCUGGACACCCACCCUGCCAUGAUCACCGUGCUGGAGAUGGGCGCUGCCCGCCACUUCCUGCGCAUGCAGCAGCUGGCCAAGACCCAGGAGGAGCGAGCCCAGCUCCUGCAGCCCACCCUGGAGAUCAACACUGGACAUGCUCUGAUUAAGAAGCUCAAUGAGCUGAAGGACAGUCAGCCUGAUCUGUCCCAGAUGUUGCUUGACCAGAUUUAUGAGAAUGCCAUGAUUGCAGCAGGACUGAAUGAGGAUCCCAGGCCAAUGGUGAGCCGGCUGAACGAACUCCUCACCAGAAUCCUGGAGAAGAACUGAGCCCCCAAGGACUGAAGGAUGAACUCUGUGCUGAUCUCUCUUGCCUCAAGUGCAGCCACUCUCUCAGCAGCUACUUGUAGGCAGUGUCCAGUGUGGGAUUCACAGGGCAGAGGGCAGGGACAAUGCCAGGGACAUCCAGCCCUCCCUGCACAAGGAGGAGCCACCUGUAAUUACCAGAUCAUAGGUCAUCAGCCUGUUCAAAGUGCAGUGUUCUUAGUGGGGACAAAAUCCAGAGGUUGCUGCUUAAACACUGUGCCCAAGCCUGAAGAGCCUCUUUUCAUACUGUUUCUAAAAAUGGCCUUUCCCAAAACAGAUGUUGGCAGCAAGAUUCCCAGUUAGGUCUGUGAAUACACCCCCCAUCCACUGAAUCCCUGUGCACCAUUGUGCUCUGAAUAAGCACUGGCAAAAUGAGUUAAUUAAUUAAGAAACCUCCAGCUCUGACCAAGCAGGAGGAGUUUGCUGGCAUGGAUAGAUUGCUGCCCUUGGCAGACACGGACACUGUUGGAGGAACAUGUCAGUGCAAUCCCAUGGUAGGAAAGAUCACUGAGCUGCUGGAUAACUGAGUUCAUCGUGGUCUUGUGGAAAAAGGGAAGUAACUGGGAAACAGCCUUCCAGCAUAUGGCUUUCUGGAGAGUCUCCAGGGUUUUUGUCUCAUCUGUGGGAUAAACUGCACGCCUAGCUGAUCUGUAUUUAUGAUAAAUAAACACUUAUUUUCCAGACCCUC